AUGAAAGCUUUAAUAUUUUUAUAGGAAAAAGCAGAGCAAGAAGGCACUGGAUUUAUUCCAUUUAAAGAUGAAAGAGACGAACUAGGAAAUCUAAAGGGUCUUACAAAAAGAACUUUUUCAAGAACAAAUAAUAAAAAAAGUGAACAUAUUUUUGAUAGAACAACCUCUAACACUUCGAAAGCAUCUUAAAGGUAAUAAAUUGAUAGUUAUAGUGAUAGAAAUAGAAAAGUGAAAUUUCUUAAAGAGAUUUAUUCAACUCAUGGGAAUUCUGAUUGGUGCAGCUUAACUCAUUUGCGUCAACUUGAUAAAAAAAUGUAAUUAAAUAUUGAAACAGAAUUGUAAGUGUAAAAGCCGCUCACAGGGUUGAAUUAAAAAUUAGAAUUUAACGAUGGAAUCAUGAGAAAGUUUACAACUAAUAUUUGCAAUUCACCAAGGCUUGGAAAAAAAUAUAAAACUGAAAAUUAGACUCCUCCUUUAGGGUAUUAUCAACCAUAAGAAAUCUUAAAAACACAACCUAUGCUUGUUUUCAUGGAUCAAUAACUUCCAAAUGAAAACAGGUUAUCCCAGCAUAAAUUCAGUAGAACUGAAGCAUAUACUGCUUAACUUGGUAUAAGGCCAAAAUUAUCACCAAAUAAAGGCUCUCCAGUUACAUAAGAGAUUCUAGAGAAAGCCUUUAAAGCUGAAAGAAUAAUUACAUAGUAAAAAUACAAAUAUAUCCCUGAAAUGAUUGAUGAAAAAAAUCUCGAAAAUAUAACAGCUAGAAUUAAUUGCAUAAGAUAAAAAAUCUUACAAUAAAAAAUAAACAGUCUAUCGAAUUAAUGA